GCUCGAGUGGAGAGAAUGGAGCAGUUCCAGAAGGAAAAAGAAGAGCUGGAUAAAGGAUGCAGGGAAUGCAAACGGAAACUCGCUGAAUGCCAGAAGAAAAUGAAGGAGCUGGAGGUGACGGAUCCGGAGAGUGGGAAGGGCGAGCUAGAGAAGCUCCAGGCCGAAGCCCAGCAGCUGAGGAACGAAGAGAAGAGCUGGGAAAAUAAAUUGGAAGAGCUGAAGAAGAAGGAGAAGAACAUGCCCUGGAACGUGGACACCCUCAGCAAAGACGGCUUCAGCAAGAGCGUCUUCAACGUCAAACCGGAGGAGAAGGAGGAAACGGAGGAACAGAAAGAGAAGAAACACAAAACCUUUGUGGAGAGAUACGAGAAGCAGAUCAAACACUUUGGGAUGCUGCGGCGCUGGGACGACAGCCAGAAAUAUCUCUCUGAUAACCCUCACCUCGUUUGCGAGGAGACGGCUAAUUACUUAGUCAUCUGGUGCAUCGAUCUGGAGGUGGAAGAGAAACACGCCCUGAUGGAGCAGGUAGCCCACCAGACCAUCGUCAUGCAGUUCAUCCUGGAGCUGGCCAAGAGCCUGAAGGUCGAUCCCCGGGCUUGUUUCAGGCAGUUUUUCACGAAAAUUAAGACGGCUGACCAGCAGUACAUGGAGGGCUUCAACGACGAGCUAGAAGCCUUCAAAGAACGGGUGCGAGGUCGAGCGAAGGUUCGCAUCGAGAAGGCGAUGAAGGAAUACGAGGAAGAGGAGCGGCAGAAACGGCUGGGCCCCGGCGGGCUCGACCCCNNNNCGGUGUACGAGUCCCUCCCGCCUGAGCUGCAGAAAUGCUUUGACGUAAAAGAUGUUCAGAUGUUGCAGGACACGAUCAGCAAAAUGGAUCCCACC